CAGGAUGGCUUUUGACAUCUGUGUGGUGGGAGCUGGGAUGGUGGGGUCAGCAGCAGCCAAGUGGCUCUCAUUGGAUCAUGGAAGCAAAGUCUGCUUGAUUGGACCACAAGAACCAACUGAAGAAGAGUACAGAAAAGGAGAGCGGCAAAUAUUUGGAUGCCAUUAUGAUGAGGGUCGUAUUACCAGAGAGCUAGACUGGGAUUAUGCGUGGGGACUCUUGGCUCAGCGGUCUAUAAAAAGAUACAGAGACAUCGAGAAAGAGAGCGGAAUUCAUUUCUAUAAGGAAGUUGGAUGUGUCUUCAUUGAUAAGACUGUUUCCCAAGGCCUUGAUGAUUAUCUCAAGACUGCAAGGAAGCUAGAAGCUUAUUUUGAAACCUACGAUGCAUCAGAAUUCCAUUCCAGAUAUCCUUAUCUGAAGAUCGACCAAGAGUGCCGUUGCAUCUGGACUCCAAAGAAUGCCGGUCACAUCAGUCCUCGGAAGUUGGUCGCUGCUCAGCAGAAGAUAGCCAAGUCCCACGGCUGUGACAUCAUCAACGAGGUGGUUGUCCGUGUCGAGGAGGAAUCAGGAGGAGGAGAAGGAGGAGGAGAGGAACUUGUCAGGGUCUCGACUGAAAAUGGCAGAGAAGUGCUAGCUAGGCGAGUUCUCCUCUGCACAGGAUCCUUCAUUAAUUAUCAUCACCUCCUACCAGAGCACAAGAAGAUUGAUCUAAACUUGACCAAGGCCUCGGUGGUGAGAGCAGAGGUCACGGAGGAAGAUGCGUUGAAAAUUGCGGACAUGCCCACCAUCUCGUUGGAAAAUGAACGCUCCUACAUCUUGCCUCCCAUUCGUUAUCCAAAUGGAAAGUACUACAUCAAGAUUGGUUUGAUGCCCUCUGCCUCUGAUGACAAUGUUGGAGACCUUAGUGAUGCUGCGCAGUGGUUUCACAGCAAAGGAAAGAAACACCAUAAUAUCCAAGAAACUGUUGAUGUCCUUCAAAGAUUCAUGCCAGACCUCAAGCCUAUCUCACUGGUCACAGACUGCUGUAUUGUAACCCUGACGCCAAACAGGCAGUUGGACUGUGACAUGCUGACUGCUCACACUGGCGUCCUGGUCGGAAUGAACGGCUGGGGAGCAAAGUCUAGUGAUGAGAUCGGUCACAUGGGUGCUUCUAUGAUCACCAAAGGAGCGUGGGACUAUGACCUGCCGGAGGAGAACUUCAAGAUUCAGUUCAAGAAGGAUGAUCGUUAAUAACUUAGAGAGUUCCGAAAUCACAAUGUAUUAAAACCCUUGCAAUUAUACUGCCUAUAAACAGUGACAUAUGAAAUAUUACUAUGCAAUAAAGAAUGAAUUAUAAAUAUAUACACACUGGAAUAUUCAUUGAAGAUUGUAUAACUUGCAAAUAAAAAAUCAAAUAUUUUAAAUUCCUGUAUCUUUUUAUAUUCUAGUCUGAAUACGAAAUAACUUAGUAAAUUAAAAAUGUUUUGUAUGACAGUAUAUAUAUUUCUUAUACAUUAUGUACACAUGUAUCGAUUAUGUAUUGCAAUAACCAUAUUUUGUAUGAUAAUGAUAUGAUCGAUAAAAACUUUGAUCAUGAUAAAAAAAAAAUGCAAUGAAUCACAUAUGGUAUAUGUGAAUUGUUCAAAAUUUCAAAAUGCUGCAAUUUUGUGAAUGUAUCAUUAUUUCUCCGCCUUGUAUGAAAUAUGAAUGUCUAUGUAUCAAUCUUUUACAUGUUACUAGUACUGUGGACAUUCAUCCAGUAUUGAUAGAUGAACAGGACAUGUAAAUGGGCACCCUGUUUGUUUGUAAAUGUAUGAAUUAGUGAUACAAACACUCUCAUAAUACUGUAGAAUUUCGGUUAACUGAAGUAUUUACAUGAUCCAUUCUUGGGUAAUGUAAUUUGUAAAUCUAUAAUGUUUGUUUACUGUUUUCGAUCCGGCUCAAUGUGAACCUGAUGAUAUUAUCAUUUAGGUUUUAGUUUAUAGAAUAUAUAUGCAUGUACACAACCAUACCAGGUUGUUGGUUGUUUCACUAAGGAGGGAGCUAGAACUUAGGCGUUGACAAUUCAUAUUAGUUUUGCUAAGGUAGUGGUGCUGGAACAUAUAUAUGUUUCAGAUUUUAUAAGUUGCUCAGCUAGUCUACUUCAAUUUUGAAUCAAUUUUGAUUAAUCCUUAUGUCAACAACAAACUCCCCAUGCUGCAUGUAUAGCAUGACAAAAGGCAACAGGAAUAUUCAACUCGAUCUGGUCUAACAUAAUAAGUGAAGAUGUACCAUAAUUUUAUCUGGUUUCUAUUUCAAUAAGAUCUUAAACAAACCAUAAUUAAUUUGAUAUACAUUAAAUCAUAUCUGUACCUGAUAGAAUAUUACUA